GGCUGGAGGAUGGGCUGGCGCCUGGGGCUCGGCGGCGCCGGCGCCCCGCUGCUGCUGCUCCUGCUCCUGGCCGGGUCGGGUAGCGGUGGCCGAAAGUACCCCAAGCGCAAGUGCCCGGGGGGCUGCACCUGCUUCAAGGACACGGCCAUCUGCGAAAGGGUCAAGGAGAUCCCACGAGACCUGCCCCAGAACCUCUUCUCCCUGUCUCUAAUUCGCUCAGGAUUUACCGAGAUCUUAGCUGGCAGCUUUCAACAGGUGCCAUCUCUCCAGCUGCUCUUGAUCACUUACAACUCCCUGGAACUGAUUGGGGACGACGCCUUUGUGGGACUCAUACACCUGGAAUACUUGUUCAUUGAGCAAAACAGGCUUGAAGCAAUCUCUAAGAACGCCUUCCGAGGUCUCAAGAACCUCCUCUACCUGAAUUUGGCUAACAAUAACUUGCAGACUUUACCAAGGAACCUGUUCCAGGGCUUAGAUGCUUUGACUUCAGUGGACUUGCGGGGAAACGCUUUCCACUGUGACUGCAAACUCAAAUGGCUGGUGGAGUGGCUAGGUGAGACCAACGCCCAGGUGGAGCCCAUGGAGUGCCGGUCGCCGCCGGAGCUGAACCGCACCAAAAUCAGCGAGCUCCGCCCUGCAGGCUUCAACUGCAUCACCACAGACCUUGUUCUCUUCGACACACUACCUGAGCAGUCGCUCUCGGUAGAAACCUUCAUGAACAACAAGGAACAGAACUUGGUCAUUGCCCAGCCAUUCACUGGCCGCUGCAGCUUCUUGGAGUGGGACCACGUGGCCGGGAAAUUCCGCACCUAUGCCAGCAUUAACGCCUCUCUAACAUCACGCAAAGGAGCAGGUCACCAUUCGUUCUCUCCACACCGUCUCCACUUCCUAGGCUCGUCCACGGUGGUCUGCAAACCCCUGGUGAUCGACGGCCACCUCUUUGUGGUAGUGGCUCAGCUGUUCGGAGGCUCGCACAUCUACAAGAGGCACGAAGCAGCGGCGGGGGGCUUCGUUCACAUGCAGGCCAUUGACGGCUCCCGCAUCCGCAAGCCCAACGACAUCGAGGUUUUCCGUGUGGAGGGAGACUGGUAUUUCAUCAUGGCCGACAGCUCCAAGGCCGGCUCCACUACCCUGUACCGCUGGAAUGGGCAUGGCUUCUACUCACAUCAGUCUCUGCAUGCCUGGUAUCGUGACACAGAUGCCGAAUUCCUGGAGAUUGCUGGCAAACCCCACCUCAUCUUGGCCAGCAGCUCUCAGCGCCCCGUCGUUUACCAGUGGAAUAAGCAGCAGUUUGUCCGCCGCACGGACAUCCCCGACAUGGACGAUGUCUAUGCCGUCAAGCACUUCAAAGUCAAGGAGGAUGUCUACGUUUGCCUGACCCGAUUCCUUGGUGACUCCAAGGUGAUGCACUGGGACGGCUCCAUGUUCCGAGAUGUCCAGCAGAUGCCUUCCCGCGGCUCCAUGGUCUUCCAGCCGCUGAGCAUUGCCGGUUACCGCUACGCCUUCCUAGGCAACGACUACUCCUUCAGCAAAGUGUACCUCUACGACCCCGUCACAGGGCUCUUCCAGCACUUCCAAGAGCUGAGCACCCAGGCCCCGCGCUCCUUUGCCCAUCUCAACAUCGACAACCAGGACUUCCUCAUCGCCUCCAGCUUCAAGGGCCAAACGCAUAUCUACCGGCAUGUCAUCAACGAUCAGAGUGCCUGAGCCUGGUGGUGGUGGGGUUGGGGGUGUCAAGGAUAAGAGGCAGCCACCAUGGGGAGAGGAAGGGCAGGAGAGGAGCCAGCCCCUGGAGGAAGUGCAGUGCCAGAGGCAACUACUAGGAAGGCAGUACAGGAAGCAAGACGCUGCUGAGAGUGCAAUUCUCCAGCGGCAGAGAAGGGUGGAGAGGACUGGGUAACAGCUAGCCAGUGGGUGGAAGGCAGGCAAACUGAACAGCCACAAUUCACUAGCACGUGAAUGUAAUGGCAUCAGGAACAGUCCACAGAAUGCUUUAAA